AUGUUCGAUCAAGACAAUCAUCCAAAUAAAUUCAUUGAAUUGCGAAGUAUUUAUAAAUAUCACAUCGAUACAUAUAAUGCAUUGUAUCAGUUAAAAACUGAAAAUGAAGAAGAAUUAAACUCGAUUUACAAAAUGAUCACAACAGAAUUGAUUGAUUCUAAGAGAUAUCUUCCCGGAGAAAUUAUACAAGAUAUUCUAAAUAUCAUUCUGUAUAAUAACCGCUAUACAAAGUCAUAUUUAUCUCUUGCCAAACGUAUUUAUGAUGAUUAUGAUGUUCCAAGGGAUUAA